UCGAUUAAAUUUUCAAAAUCGUCUGCUUUCUUAUAUUAUAAGUGCUUCGUCUAAGUUGUUUCUUAUUAAAAUGUUUUAGAAAUCUUUCUUCUGUAUACCAAGAAUUUAUAAGUGUUUAAUCAUGGAUGAUCCUGAUAAAAAUAAGAAGAGAGAAAUAGAAAAUAAUAAAGCUUCAUUGCAUAAAAAGAAAUUCAAGAAAUACUCACGAAAUUUCGCAAAUUCUGGAAAAUGUCAUGACAUUCCAAGAGGUCGUCCUAAAUCAAAUGAUGCAUGGAAUCUGUAUCUUCCUGAUAGUAACAAGGAUGAACAUCUUGAGAAGUUACGCGCUGUUAAAGAAUAUUUUUCAAACUUGGAUCAAAUGGAAGAUGUGUUAACAAAUAUAAAUAAGAAGCGAUAUUUUACCGUAAAUAUUAACGAUCUUUCGAAGCAUAAAGCCUUUAAUUUUAUGUGGCCAGAAUUCUUGAAUGAAUUAAGAAAUUCACCUAAUAUAGUAAUUGGUUUGUUUAGUUUUUUGAUGGAAUGUUUAUUAAAGGAGCAGAACAUAGUUGAUAGUGAGGGGUAUUUUCUAGAUGAUACCGUAAAUACUUCUAAUCAAAUGCAAAAACUUUAUCCAAGAUUUACUGGUUUAGUCGAUUUUUUACAUUUUCAAGAUUUGAAAACAUACAAUUUUGGUAAAUUUAUAACUCUUAAAGGAAGUGUUAUACGUGUAAGUGAUAUAAAGCCAUUUUGCACUGAUAUGGCUUUUAAAUGCAUAAAAUGCCAAGCUGUUCAAGUUAUAGAGCAAAUCAAAGGAUGUUAUACAUUACCAGCUAGAUGUACUGGAACGAAUUGCUUUUCCCGUACAUUUGAACCAAUGCUCGACUCUUCACUAACGAAAACGAUACCUUGGCAAAACAUAAGGCUUCAAGAAUUGAAUAUGGAUCAAACUGAAGGUGGAAGAGUUCCAAAAGCUAUAGAAUGUGAUUUAUUUUGUGAUCUUACAGAUUCUUGUAUUCCUGGAGAUGUUGUUAUUAUGUCAGGCAUUCUAAGUGUGGAUAAUGUUAAUUAUAAGAAAACGACUGCUAGCAAAGGUGCUUCUACAUAUGUAUUUAAAUUGGAUGUUAAUUCUGUAACUCAUGUUAGAGGCAAAAAUGUUAGUGGUAUUGCAUCAAAUGAUGUGCAAUUCAAAUCAGAAGACUUAAGUGCAAUUCAAAAAGUUCAUUCUCAAGACAAUUUGUUCCGACUCAUUGUAGCUUCUUUGUGUCCCAAUAUAUAUGGGCACGAACUUAUCAAGGCAGGUCUUGUACUGGGACUCUUUGGAAGCGCUGGUUGUCAUUCAGAGCGUGAGGCAGAUGGAUUUUGCAUGAGAGAAAACUCUCAUAUUUUAAUUGUAGGUGAUCCUGGUCUAGGUAAAAGUCAGAUGCUCUUAGCUUGUGCAAAUGUUUCUCCUAGAGGUAUUUAUGUGUGUGGUAAUUCAGCUACAACAUCUGGAUUGACUGCUACAGUUAUGAAAGAAACUGGAGGAGAGAAUUCUUUAGAAGCUGGAGCUCUGGUACUUGCUGAUCAAGGUCACUGUUGUAUUGAUGAAUUUGAUAAAAUGGUUCAGCAUCAUGCAGCUCUGUUGGAAGCUAUGGAACAACAAACAAUAAGUAUUGCUAAAAGUGGUGUAGUUUGUACUCUACCUGCGAGAACAUCCAUCCUCGCUGCUGCAAAUCUGUCUGGUGGCCAUUACAAUAAAGCUAAAACUGUCUCUGAAAACUUACGAAUUGGAAGUUCUUUGCUUUCUAGAUUUGAUUUGGUAUUUAUUGUAGAAGACACACCCGAUGCAGAAUUAGACAGCAAAAUGAGUGACCAUGUAAUGGGUUUACUGCAUAUACAUCAUAAAGAUGAAAUUUUAAAGAACUCUAGUUUCCAAAACUCAGUUCUGAAUGAUUCACUUCGUGAAGAAAGUAAUCUAUUGGAAAAAUUAAGAAUAAAGCCAAAUGAGAAGCUGAAUUAUAUACCUCAUAAUAUAUUACAAAAAUAUAUUUCUUAUGCUCGAGAGUUUGCUAAACCUAAACUGACUCCAGAGGUGAGCAAAGUAUUACAGGAGUUUUAUUUGGAAAUGAGAAAACAACAUCAACUGUCCUACAGCACUCCCAUUACAACUCGUCAACUAGAAUCCUUAAUUCGUCUCACAGAAGCUAGAGCUCGGAUUGAACUCAGAGCAUUAUGUACACUUACUGAUGCGAAAGAAGUUAUUGAAAUUAUGAAGUACAGUUUGAGAGAAACCUUUAGCGAUGAAUUUGGAAAUAUUGAUUUUGACCGUUCAAUACAUGGCUCAGGUAUGAGUAAACGUUCUGAAGCCAAAAAACUUAUUAAAUUAAUGACCGAAUGUGCUACUGUCAAAGCUGAUGAUCGCUUCACUGUCUCUGAAAUAAGACAUCUAGCAGAAAAGUUAAAAAUAAACACAGGCUCUUUGCAAUCUAUCAUUGAAGCACUAAAUGAUCAAGGUUUUUUGCUAAAAAAAGGAAGACAACUCUACCAGAUCCAAACUGUGUAAGCACUAUUGUGUUUUUGAAGUACUUUAUCAUUGUUAUAAUAACACUUUUUUAUUAUUAUUACAUGCAUUUCAAAACUUUUGUGUGUAGAUACCAAUUUUUUCUUCUUUACUUUAUCAAUGCGUGUUUGAAGUAUCUCUAUUUACAACUGUGUUUUUGAAGUACUUUUCAAGUCUGUUUUGUAUGGCAAAUAGAAAAAAAUUUGCUAUAUUUAAAGGAGUGGAUUGAUUUUGGCAAAGCACACUAAGGCCAUCUGCCUAAAAGAAAGACUUUAUAAAGGAAAUUGCCUUGUAUACAUGUUACACAUGAGGAAAAUCACGACCAUGCAGCCACCCCAUUCACAUGGAAUUAAACCGGGUCAGAACUACCAGUGUUCAGCGGUUUUACUACUCGACUGCUGGUGGGCAAUUAAAGAAUUAUAUUCUCAAUUAUUAAAUAAAAGACUUCAUAAUACUUCAUUAAUAAACAAGGGCCUACUAUGGCUGAGCAGUAAAGUCACUGAACAUUUGUAGUUUGGUAAGGUGUUCGAGCUCCUGCGAAUGGACUGAAUCCAUGGGCAUUUUUAUGGUUUUCUUUAUCUGCAAUAUGAGCCAGUUUCCUUAGAAAGUCAUACACUAAGCACUCUUUUCCUAAGCACAUAGUCCUCGAGUUCUUUGCCCUUAUUAAAUAAACCAAAAUUUAUUCAAGUGGCCAUUAACAUGCCUUUAAUUAAAACUAACUUCUAAAAAAUCAAUCAAUUGCAUAUUUAGCGAAUAAUCAUUAGCACAAAAGUACUGAAUUCUUUAUUUUGUAAACAUUAUUUUAAUGUUUUAUGUAUGUAUAAAAAAUAUUUGAAAACAUCUUAAACUUUGAGGUACUUUUACUAAUUUUUUUAUAAUUUAGUGCAACUUUUGUAGCAUUGUUAACUAAACAUGUAAAUAAAAGACAUAGAUACUCUGUA